UCACCGUCAUAAGGUCGAUGGUUUUGUUUCUUGAGUUGUGUUCAUAACUGUUCAGACAUUUUGGGUUUUUGUGACAUUUGUCAAAUUUUCUUAAUUUAAAAGUAAUUAAAAAAAUUGUUAUGGGUGUGAAAUAAAAAAUGGGAUUUGAGCUUAAUAGAUUUCAAGGAGAAGUAGACGAAGAACUAGUGUGCCCAAUAUGUUCUGGAGUUUUAGAAGAUCCAUUGCAAGCUCCAGUAUGUGAACACGCAUUUUGCAAAUCUUGUAUAACAGAAUGGAUAUCUAGACAACCCACUUGCCCCGUAGAUAGACAAAAUGUAACGUCCCCACAACUGAGACAAGUUCCAAGGAUAUUGAGGAAUUUACUAUCUCGACUGUGCAUAAGUUGUGAUAAUGCUCAGUACGGCUGUACUCGUGUAUUAAAACUAGACUCCCUGGCGUCGCACUUGGAGGAGUGCGAACACAAUCCUAAACGGCCGCUGCCAUGCGAACAGGGCUGCGGACUCAUCAUCCCCAAGGAUGAACUCAAGGACCACAAUUGCGUAAAGGAGCUCAGGGCCCUAAUUCACACCCAGCAGCAGAAAAUGACUGAAUUUCAGCAGGAACUCACCGAACAGAGGUUCCUGAUUGCGGAACAGAGGCGAGAAAUGCAGUUACUGAAGGAUUUUAUGAGGGCAAUGAGAAUAUCGAACCCUUCCAUGAGGGCGAUAGCUGACGCGAUGGAGAGAGAUGAAGUACUUCGUUGGAGCAAUUCCCUCCAACGCGCCAGGGUAACCAGAUGGGGAGGGAUGAUAUCGACCCCCGAUGAAAUUCUGCAGAGGAUGAUAAAGAGAACGUUGACAGAAAUGGGGUGCCCGCCCCACAUACUGGACGAUCUCAUGGAGAACUGCCACGAGAGGAGGUGGCCUCCCGGAUUAUGCUCGUUAGAGACGAGACAGAACAACCGCAGGCAGUACGAGAACUACGUGUGCAAAAGGGUGCCUGCCAAGCAGGCCGUCCUGGUGCUCUCCUGUGAUAACACACACAUGGGGGAAGACAUGAUGGUCGAACCGGGUUUGGUAAUGAUCUUCGCCCAUGGCAUCGAGUGAUUUCGUCGGAUACGUCUCGAAAACUUAUGAUGUCGCGACAUUCCAUUUUAUUUCAGUGUUAAUUUAUUUAUACGUCCCACUUUUUAUGAGUAAUUAAAGUGCCAAGUUUUUCAAUUACGUGAAUGUCUGUUUCGGUCGUGCGAACGAGGUUUUCGUCUCACUGUUCGUGAAGUCGUCGGUAGAUUUUGAUUGCGGUACCAUAGUUUACGUUUUAAAACGCACGUUGUAAAACAACUGUUUUAGUUAAAAUUUGUUUUUAGUAAAGGAAGGCGGUACGAUAUGAUUAAUACUCCGCUUGCUACUAUAGUUUGAAAAAAGUGGUCGUAAAAGCGGGAUUAGCCGUUUGGGAAGAGGUUUAUUUGAGAAACGGGUUUACGCGGCCUGUUUUAGGUGAAAACCAUGGCCUAAUGUUAAAAUAGGGAGCUUAAAUGCGUUAGAACUUUGUUUUUCAACAUGCUGCAAUUUUUUUUACAAAUUCACGAAUUUCUUAACUCUGGUUAUAUUUUCUGAUUCUCCGAAUUAACAUUUUUCAUUUCUAUUUGUCUUAAAAUAUCGCAAUUGUCGCAACGACAUAAGAAAGCGGACAUAAUUACGAGUAUUUAAAAAAAAACAAUUUGGACAUUUUUUACUACCUCGCACUGAAUUUUGAGCGUUUUGGCCCACUGUGCAACAUUUCGGCCUUAUUAGUCUCCCAAUCCUUCAAUGGCAAUUUGUUUUUAUGAAAUUAUUUUCCAUUUUACUUUCGGUCGCUCCGUUACUUCCAAAACAGAUAAGCUCGCGCAUAGGACCGAGUUUGAGAACUGCCCGUUGACGGCAUAGACGAGAGUUUAAGAAACAAGUUGAAACUCAAUUACGCUUUUAAAAACAGACAUCGCUGAAAGUUGCACUCGGUUAUAUUCCAACAAAAUUUAUCUCUAUUGAAAAAAGUCGAGCGGAGAAUGUUAAUCUUAUCGCAUUGCUUAAAUUUCUUGAUGUGUUCACGACAUGACCGCAGAUCUUCCAAUUAGACUGCAGUUUGGACAUUGUUUAUCCGGUUGUUGGAAAUACAACCUUCAAUCUAUUGUAUUUGUAGGCUUCCGUGGCUGUCGUUAAUGGUUGAAUGAUUUCCGGGCUGGUUGCCGCGUCGUCGAUUUAAAACUCUUGACGU